AGAGAAAAGAAAUAGAAAAAGGCAGCUGUGGCCUUUGCUUGUUAGUAUCUAGGAAGCACGUGCAUCGCUCAUGAUCGUGGCUCUUUUGCUUUUCCCUGGGAAUCGGUAGCAAAACCGGAAGAGAGGAAAAUCAACUGGCGCCCUCACUUUGCCAAGAUUAAGGUCUCAUAUAUUUUUAUUUUUAACUAAACUAGUUUCGAUCUUUGUUGUUAGAAGCUCCUUCUGAUACCUGCUCAACCCACAAAAGAAAACGUUAUGUCAGUGCCAAACGAGGAUAACAUGUCUCCUCAUACUCAGCUAUCGUCGCAUUUCUUUGGGGACCUACUUGAUUCCAUAAUUGUUGAUGUUGCCUCUGAAUGUCACCGGAUAGUGAAGUUGGGACUUGAUCGCAACUUAGAGGAAGAGGAAGAAGAAUUGAGGUUGUCAACACAAGCUCGUGUUAGGGUUGCUGAUCCUAGUAUUAGUGGUGAAACAAAUAGCAAGUAUGUGGUGGACAUAUUUGGGCAAAGCCAUCCACCUGUUGCAAAUGAAAUAUUUGAUUGCAUGAAUUGUGGGCGAUCAAUAAUGGCUGGAAGAUUUGCUCCUCAUUUGGAAAAGUGCAUGGGAAAGGGAAGGAAGGCUCGUCUUAAGGCAACUAGAAGUAGCACAGCUGCGCAGAACCGGCACUCACGAGGCAGUCCUGUCUCCACAUAUUCUCCUUAUUCAAAUUCCAGCAGUGCAAACCGGUUAUCAAAUGGAACACCCAAUCUUGCAGGUGAAGAAUAUUCAAAUGGCACUUUGGAUGAGUCAUGAAGCACAGCUUAUUGCAGGAAGGCUAACAAUCGGGAAGCAACCCCACAAAUGGGGCUUGUUUUCUUUUUAUUGGUCAUGUAUGCUCAAGGGUUAUGGCGCAUAAUCUCUCAACAAUUUUAUUGAGGGAAUGGGAACUGGUUAGAAUCUGAAUCCGAAACUAAGAAUGAAAGAAAUAAAAAUACAAGUCAAGUUUUGAAUAUCAUGAUUCAAAUAUGCAACACGUGCCUGCAGUUUUAAUGUCAAUAUUUCACCUAUAGGGGUAAUGAUCUUUGACUGGCAUUGAACAUCUGCUAGUUGCUGAUAUUUACAUUGUAAUUCAUUUAGCAUUUUUCUUUUUUAUCUUUAUCUUUUUUCCUCUUCCA